AUGUCCUGUAGUUGGAUUUCGAAUGUCCUUUAUUUUCCAAUAUUCCAUUGCAUUAAAUUAAUGAUAGAAGGUUUAUCUUAGACCAAACUCAUGAGCACGUGAAACUAGGCACAAUUGAGAGUAGAGACUAGAGAGAGAUAAUAAAUUAUUAUUAUUAUUAUUCGGUGAUUAAAUAAUAGCAAUGAAUUAUGUACAUAGAUACAUGUGAUGAUGAUGAAUUUCUGUUAUGGUGUAUAAGCAUAGGCAUAUUGAAAUCCAGCAAGGUAUAGGUAGCAAGCUAGUCCCCAUAUUUGUUUGAAGUAACGAUUCAGAUUCCAAAAUGUUGGUUAAUAUCAUGCCUCCAUCAACGACUAACGAAUGGACACAGACUCAAAUCAUAGAUGAUCAAAAUCACAACACCAAAGCUGAAGCUCCACCACCAUCAUCGUCAUCAUCAGCUGCUAGGGUUAUGGAAAAACAAGGUCAAGAACAUGUUCAGCAGCAGCAGCAACAAGCUCUCAAGUGCCCUCGCUGCGAUUCAUCCAACACCAAAUUCUGCUACUACAACAACUACAGCUUAUCGCAGCCUAGACACUUCUGCAAAGCCUGCAAGCGAUACUGGACAAGAGGUGGAACCCUCCGCAACGUCCCCGUCGGCGGUGGCUGCAGAAAAAACACCAAGCGUCUCAAGCGCCAAUCAUCUUCUUCCAUCGAUGCCACUCCUUCUCCUUCUUCUUCUUCCACUCAUCCUCCGGCUUCUAAUAUCAACCCUUUGUUUUAUGGGGUACCUAGUAGUAAUAAUAAUAACAACAACAAUAACUCUUGUGAUUUGUUGAACCUACCUUCUUUCCCUGGGUUCAGAGUGAGUUCUGGGUAUGAUAAUGAUGUUCAGCCUCACCUAAGUGGGUUAGGUUUUUCAUCAGGGAUCAUGUCCAAUAUGGAAGCUACUGGAUUUGGUUCAAAUGAGAGUAACUCAUUUCUUUCGGCCUACAAUUCCAUCUUCGGUUCGUGUUCUUCAUCAGCUUCUACUACCUUGCUGAGUUCCACUCUACUGCAGCAUAAAUUCAUGAAUGGUGGUGGAUUCCAAGGGCUAGCUACUCCUGAGGUUGAAGAGAUGCAAAUGAGAGAGAGGCGUGAGGGAGAAAGAGGAGGAGUCAUGGGUUGUUCUUCUUUGAAAGAAGUGAAAGGUGAAUUAUUGGGAGAAGAAAGAGGGAGAGAGAGGUUGGAGUGGCAGAAUCAGAUGAUGGAACAUACCAUGGGCUUUUCUGAUCCCUCUUCUUCGCUUUAUUGGAGCACAUCAUCAUCACCCAUGGCUGCUUCUUCUUGGAAUGAUCAACCCAAUAUUGGUCCUUCUGUCACUUCACUCAUCUAGAGAAACGAAAAACAUCCCAUGAACCAUCCUUUUCAAAUCUCUUUCUCUUUGUUUAAGCUCUUUCUUUUUUUCUUUUUAAUUUCUCUUUUGGGUUUUGCUUACUACAUUGGAACCAAAAAAAAGAAGGGUAUUAGAUAGUACUAAUAAUUAGUAAUUAAAUGGGAACGGGUAAUUAGAGAUGAGAGGAGUUUGGGAUCGGAGCGAUCAUGUCAGCUGCAAAUAUUACUCUUUGCCGAUCAUCAUCAUCAUCAUCAUCAUCAUCUUCUUCUUCUUCUUCAGCUUUGUUAGUUUUAAUUUGUCAAGGCUGAAUGAAGAUUCGCUUCUAUUGCGCUGAGAGGAACCUCGGAUCCUCUUCUCUCAUCAACAUAAGAGGAGAUAUAUAUCCCAAUUUGGUGCAAGUCUACUGUGUUCUUCAUAUAGUUGAGUAAGUUGGUUAUUUUCAUUAAUUACUGUUGUUAUGUAAUGUAUGUGUAUAUAUUGCAAUGACAUGUACUUUAAUUAGUCUAUGCUUUGCUAAUGUAUUGUGAUUAGUUAGAUAGGGUGGAGGUGGGGUUUAAUUACUUGCUGCAUAUGUCCUUAAUCAAAGGAACUAAUUAAUAUUGGUUUCACUUUUGUUAACUUUUCCAAUUUGGGUUUAUCUUGGGGGUCAGUUAUGUAUAAUGAUUAAUGGUAUAGAUGGAAGAGAAGGAGAUUAUUAUUAUCAUUUAUUUUGGAUUCGGAUUACUUUUGUGUGUAUGUUGAGUUUAUGGACUAGUUUGGUUGAAUUUGAUUGA